AUGAUAUAUGUAAAGUUUGAUAAAGCCAUGCAAGACUGGGUUUUGUUCAAGGUUGACUUGACACACUCACACCCCUGUUCAGCGAGAAAGGCAGUGCACUACCAUGAGUAUAGGCAGCUGACCAUGCAUGCGAAGUGCGUGAUCGAGAAUAAUGAUGAGGCUGAGAUUCGACCAAAUAAGACAUUCCUUGCUUUGUCAAAUGAGGCUGGAGGCCCCUCUAACGUGGAAUUCUCAGAGAAAGAUUUAAGAAACUAUAUAAUAGCCAGGCUCCGAACUAGCAACGUGAAUGCGGAUGUCAGGGAGAUGAUGAGCUACUUCAUGAGAAUGAAGGACAUUAAUUCGAACUUCUUUUACGCAGUGAAGUUGGACGAGGAGUGUAAAUUUAAGAGUGCAGUAUGGGUGGAUGCAAGAUGUAGGGUGUCGUAUGAAUACUACGGAGACGUUGUGUCAGUUGAUAGCACCUACAGUACAAACAGGCAUGGAUUACCGUUUGUGUCGUUCGUUGGGGUCAACCACCAUGGCAAGUCAACCCUUCUCGGUUGUGCUUUACUGGGAAUGAGAAAAUCACAAGUUAUGAGUGGGUCUUCAGCCAAUGGGAAUAUAUUACCCCGCCACCGAUGGUGCAUCUGGCAUAUUACGAAGAAGUUACCGAGUGAGCUUGGGGGUUACCGCCGGUACAGAGCUUUGUAUGAUGACCUCAAUGACAUCGUGUGGAACUUUCGGACUGAGAAGUCAUUUGAGGAUAACUGGGCAGAAUUUAUAGAUGAGUACAAGUUACAUAACAACACAUGGCGGGUAGACAUGUAUGAUGAACGGUGCAUGUGGGUCCCCAUAUACUUCAAGGGUGAAUUUUGGGCAGCAAUGAGGAGUACACAAAGGAGUGAGAGCAUGCACGCAUUCUACGGUGGAUACUUACACUGUAAAACUAGCUUGGUUCAAUUUGUUCACGAAUAUGACAAUGUGCUUGGAGUCAAGGAGCAGAGGGAAUUGGAGGAUGAUGCUGCAGACUCGAGGGGAGUUUCUGCAGUUGAUGAACAGGGUCCAUUGGUUUGCGUGAAGGUGGAAGAGGAGAAACUAGUCAACGAUACUAUUCUAUGCGUUCCGUACGAUGUUCACUUUGACCAUUUCACACAGGAGGUUCGUUCUGAGUGCAAUCUUUUUGAGAGUUCAGUGUACAAAGUACCUUUCUGUUAUGUUCUUCCUCGAUGCAGCAAGAAAAUAAAGCGCAAGCAUACGUAUGUCAAAAGUAGCCAUGAUGUCAGUCGGUCGGAUGAGAGUCAUGUUAAAUUCAGGGGACUGGCCAAGUUGGCUGCGCACCGUGCCAAGAAGAGGUCCGAGAGCGUGUCAGAGACCCAGACCAACAUUGGCUCACAGAGUUCGAACGAUGUUGGUGUUGAUGACAUCCAAGGCCCAUCGAAGGUCACCACAAAGGGCAGGCUAAAGAGUAAGAGGCUCGGUGCUGCCCUUGAUAAGUCCUUCAAGAAUUCAACUCGGAGAAAACAAAAGAAUUCAUCCCCGGUGGUUCAUCCGCACACAUCUCAAGAUGUAAACCAUGGAACUGUUGCUGGCCUGAAUGUUCCCGAACAAGCUGGUGGUUUCAUGUCUUUGUUAAGCUCCUUCAACAAAAAUUAG